UCUACGUCAUCUGAAAGAAUUUCAACAGACAUCGAUUAAUUUUUCAUCUAGAAAAUGUCUAGGCGUAAACAAAGUAAUCCUAAACCAUUAAAACGUGACGAUGAAGAUUGGAAUAGCGACUCAGAGCAACAACCAGUAACGGAUGCAACCACACCAGGAAAUAAUAAUGAUAUAAAAUCAGAAGCAUCACCUGAUGAAGACACCGGUACAGCACGACCAAUGACUCCUUCAUCAGUUCCACCACAAUCGGCUUCGGAGAGUCCUCCUCCUGAGCCAACUGCUCCUGCAACGCCACCGAAUGAAGUUGUACAGCCACCACGUUUGCGCUUAAAUACAAGUUUAGCAACAGAUCCAGCCUUACGUCCACAAGCGUCUGUUAUAACACAGGCACCACCUCCAGCAGAUCCGCCGGAAGACCAACCACAAACCAUACCAAUACCAAAAUCGGUUCCUACACCAAUACCGCUUGAAUAUUUAGAAUCGUUACCACCAGAUAUACAAGAAGCAAUUGCUGCUGGACGUUUAUUUGGAUUCCCACCGUUAGGUCUGGUAAAUCCAGCAGUGGUGCCACCUGAAACAAAGCUACCAACACCUGAUACUCGUUCAGAAACUUCAUCAAAUGCCCCUAAUCCAUCAAGAUUAGUAGCAGUGCCAUUGUAUAUGUGUGUUCCAUGUGGUAUCAAAUUUUCUUCGCUAAGUACUUUAGAUGCACAUCAAACGUAUUACUGUUCGCAUAGAAAAAAUGGCAAUGAUUCGGAGGAUGUUAAAUCACAUGUCAGUGGUGGAACUGAUUCAAUUGAACCGAAUGAUGAUUCUUCGUCAGAAAAUCCACAUAAAGUUGCUAGAACCGGUAAACAAUACGCUUGUGUACAUUGUUCGUAUAGUGCUGACAAAAAAGUAAGUUUAAAUCGGCAUAUGAGAAUGCAUUCUGCAUCACCAAGUCUUCCAACAACGCCAAAUUUACCAACUACAAACGGUGAUUCCACAUCUGUAAUUAUUGAUGUCACAACCGCUGGAGUUGGUACAGCUGCUUCCACAGUCCCUUCAGCACCGAUUCAAGAUCGUUAUUGCGCUGAUUGUGACAUUCGUUUUAGUUCAACUAAAACAUUUCGUGCACAUAAAAUGCACUAUUGUAGUACUCGACACAUCACUGCUGGUGGUAAACCUAACGUUAUUCCAUCAAUUCCAAAUUCUUCUCAAACUAAAAAUAGUUCAUCAUGCACAUCGGGCUCAGCGCCUCAAUCACCAAUUGAUAACAACAUUUGUCCAACUCCCCCUUCACCAAUCCCACAAUCUACACAAUCACAUUUUCUCGCAUUGCCAACAAACCCCACGCUAAUUAUACCUUACUCAUUACUUCGAUCUGCAAGUGUUUUAACUGGCUCCUCUGCAGCGGGUAUACCUUCAAAUGAUGCUCCAUGUUUAUACGUAAAUGGAUCGUUUCAAUUAGUCUCGCAAGCAAUUACGAAUACCAAGAACACGACUCGAAAUACAACUGCACCAUCUGAAGUACUAAAAGCAGCUAAUAAACCACGUGAUCCAGGUGCGCCACUAGAUUUAAGCGUGAGACGAACUCCAGAACUAAACGAAUUAGGAGAUGAACAUGAAAAAGAAAAUUUACAACGUUCUCCCACACCAGAGCAAAUUAUUUGUGCUCCAUCAUUACCUGGAUCACCCCCAUUAACACCUUCACCACGACGAUCCUCACCAUCUGUUAGUUCCUCACCAAAACGUAAACAUAAUAACGAGUCUCGAAGUAAUAGUCCUAGAUAUUCUCGAACUACCCCGAAAUCGAAUCAAUCUGAUACUGAAAAUAGUCGUCAUAGUCCUGAAAGUGCAAAAACAAUAAAUAUUACGUCAAAUACUGUGCCAUCAUCCAAUCCACCUGGUUACGCUUAUGCAAAUAUUCACCCAUUAUUGAUGGGCUUACCACCAAUGCCACCAGAGCUCGCUAUACGAUUAGCAUCAGAAUUACCAGUAACGACAAUACCAUCACCGCAAGUGUUAGUGAAACAAGGUGUUUCUAAGUGUAAAGAGUGCAAUAUAGUCUUCUGCAAGCAUGAAAAUUAUGUGAUCCAUAAAAAGCAUUAUUGCUCAGCACGAUUGCAAGAAGAUGAAAGUGGAGGUACUACUUCCAAGACUGCAACUAGUCCACCAACAAGUCCAAUACAAAGUGUAGAUAAAGUCAGUCCUACUGGACAAUAUCAGCAAUUAAUUUGUGCAGCUUGUGGUAUUAAAUUUACGUCGUUGGAUAAUUUAAAUGCGCAUCAAGCAUACUAUUGCUUAAAACGCAAUGAAUUACCAGCAGCUAUAAAAUUAGCAGAAGCAGAUGUACGCCGGUGUGUCAAAUGUAAGCAAAUUGCUGAACCUGGACAUCAAUGUGUACUGGUUGGUCCUCCAACCGGCGGUUGGAAAUGUCCGUGCUGUGAUGUAAUAAGUUCGACAGCAAAUGCAGCUCAACGUCAUAUGGAAACACAUAGUGGCGUAAAAGCCUACAGAUGUACGAUUUGUCGCUAUAAGGGCAAUACGUUACGAGGGAUGAGAACGCAUAUUCGUAUGCACCUUGGAAAACGAACUGCUGAUUUACAGGGCGAAGAAAAAUAUAUUACAUGUGUGUUAGACGAUGAAAAUUUACGUAAUAAUCCACAAGUUCCGUCAUCGGCUGAAAGUGAUUCUCAAUCACCAGGCGGCGCUGGUGGUAAACCCAGCGGACGGACAUCAACAGAACAACGAUACUUUUGUGAUCAGUGCAAUUUCAGUUCACAAAAUCGUGCUAAUGUCUUACAACAUCAAAAAACCGCACAUGGUGGUGUAGAUUCUGACAAUAAAUCCAAAGUAUCUGAAGACGAUGAUUCAUCAAGAAUGAGUAAUGGACAAUCAAAAUCAAUGCCGCUUAUUGAUUCCUCUGGCGAUGAUGUGAUUACUAUAAAACGUGAAUUACCCGAUGAAAGUAUGAUGGAAGUAGAUGUCAUCUCUGAUGAUCAUAAAGACUUAGAACAUAAUAAUAGUGAUCGUAAACCAUCGUUACCACCUAGUGAAUGUUGUGAAUCGGCACCUAUUGAUGACAAUAUAAUAGAAUCACCAGGUGUCGGAGGAGGCGGUGUUAAAAGUGGUACAAAUAAUAAAUACUGUAAAUCGUGUGAUAUACCAUUCAAUUAUUAUUCAUCGUAUGUGGCACAUAAAAAAUUUUAUUGUUCAAGUCAUGCGGGUGAAAUUACACAAACCGGAAAUAAUAAUAAUACAUCAAAUAAUCGAACCGCGGAAGCGUCUGUACUUUAAAAUAGAGAAAAAAAAAUUGUCUUGCAAUAUUGAAUCAGUGAGUGAGUGCGAACAAUUUAUUACUGUUUGACGCUCUUUGUUUAUUGUUGUAACAGUGCAAAUUAAAUAUUUAUCAAUACUGUAAUCUUUAUUUGUUUUCUAUCUCUUUCGUUUUUUUUUAAGAAAAUACUUCUUGUAAAUUGAAAAUUUUGUUACAUGUACAGGCAGUCACUGGUAUCUUGCAUACAUUAUUUUAAUUUAAAAACUAUUGAAACUUUCUUGUUACGAAUAACGCAACCAUUCUGAAAGGUUAACUUUCUGUGUUUGUCUUACUAAAAGGAUUGCCUUGACGAAUGCAGCCAUUCAUUAGAAACUAUAACAGAGUUAAUUUGAAUGUUCUUACGGAAACCAUAAAUGAAAAAAGAACUGUUGUUUCAUUUCAAAUACCUACCUAAGUAGCCUAAAUAUUUUGGUCUGAAAUGGACCAUAAUGAUAUAAAGCUUAGGUUGACGUAGAUUUAUGUUCUUAGAAAGUUUCACUUAAUUUUUAAAUGUAAAGCUUCCACCACUCCGAAUUGGAGUUUAAUAAUUUCUUAAAAUUAAAGAUUAUAAAAUAAACGGAUUACCAAUUUCCUUUUUAAAUUCGAACACUCCAAUUUUAAAGAGUUAUUGGAGGGGGGAGCCAAUUUAUGUUACUCGAUAAUAAAAACUGCCAUAUUAUUUAAGUAAAUUGUUUCAAAUAUUAAAAGUCUCAUCACCAAAAACGGGUGACUAACUGUACAUGAAAAAAAUCUCUUUAAAAAAGAUAUUAAAACUCCUGUACUCAAAGAGAAGAAGAAAUGGGUUUAAAAGUAAAUAA